CAAAUUUUAAAUGCUGUUGUUUGGAAAGGCUGCCAAAUGAUGAGGAACUUCACUUCUCUAAACAUCCUUCACCUCUCUGCUCAAAAAGACCUGACAAAAACACUUUCUGCCUCUUCUGAAACACAAAGAUGGCUGCAGCUCUGACUCUCCUCCUCAUUGGCUGUCUGCUGCAAGGUGCCCUGUGUGGAAAGUGUGAGAGCAUUAUACCAAAUACUAUAGAGGUUCUGAAGGGAUCCUGUGUGACAAUCCCCUGCUCCUUUGACGUAGAGGAUCAACAUAAUGUCAACUUAGAUAACACAUGUAAAGCAUUAUGGAAAGAAAGUACUAAUGGACCUGCUGUGUUUGAUAGCAGUAAUCCACAACAGAAAGGACAAUUGAUUGGUGACCUAACAAAAAAAGACUGCACCACAACCCUGAAUGACAUGCAAAACAACAAACUGUAUAUUUUUAGAUUGGAAUGUUUCGGUCUGAAAUACAAUUUUGAUGGCGUGACCAUUUCAGUCACAGAACAACCGACUCUGACUCCGCCCACACUGAAGGUGAAAGAGGGAACCUCAGUGAGUUUGAAUUGCUCUGCUCCAGCUCCCUGUUUGUCUCUUCCUCCAAAUCUGACAUGGAGCCCCGGCCUGGGUGAAGGUCAGGAGACCCUGCAGGAGAAUCAGGACAAAACUAAAGUCAAGAUCUCUGUGCUGAACUUCAACGCAUCACACCUCCAUCACGGACAGGAAAUCUCCUGUACUGCUGUCUACAGAAAACAAGAUGGCAGCACUGAGUCAUCUGUGAACAUCAGUUUAACAGCUAACAUUACAUGUGAGUAUGAGUGUCUUGUGAUUAAAUUGAUUACAUAAAAUACAUGCUUCUUCUUCUUUGUUUGUUGUUUUGUAAUCAUUUAGCUAACAGUUACGAGCAUGGCCGUCACCUGGGGUGUGCAUACUGCCAUGUGUGAUUACCUUCUUUUCUC